AUGACUGAGCGCUUCCACCGACAGCUCAAGGCAGCCAUCAUGUGCCACCCCAACUCAACCUGGCUCGAAGCUCUUUCAGCUGUCGCUCUUGGUCUGCGCGCCACUUUCAAACCAGACAUUCAGGCCAUGCCUGCAAACUUGACUACGGGAACCGUUUCGGCUACCUGGGGAAUUUCUCUCCGAUUCAACUCCCGACAUCACCAGCUCGGACCCUACAGACUUUGUCGCCCGGCUUCGUUGCACAAUGGGUGCCUGUGCCCAUCGCCAGUGCCCCAUCACACCAAGCCGACUCCGUUAGUGUUUAAGGACUUGGCAACAUGCUCGCAUGCCUUCCUCCGCGACGACACUGUACGCGCGCCUUUCCAACCACCUUAUUCCGGACCAUACCAAGUCCUUCGUCGUGACGACAAGACAGUCACCCUGCAAAUCAACUUGAAGGACGUUCGCGUCUCCAUCGACCGACUGACGCCGUCAUACAUCCUCUCCGAAGAGACUCCAAACCCCUGCGCGCCUCCCGUAACCCGUCCACAACAGCGUCCGACGCCUCGGCCCGUGCCCUACACCACCCGCUUUGGACUCGGGGUGUUCAACAAUCCUCUUCAACCCUGA